AUGGGGGAAAAGUUUCAAUUCCCCAGAAUGUCCAUUAAAAAGCAGAAGAAAUGUGCCAUAUUUACAAACAAAAAAAAAGCCUGCGUUGAAUUUUAUCGUUACAUUGAAGAUCAGAAAGAGAAAUACAAUGAAUUAGUAAAAGCAUUAUCGGAGGCCUUUCAAGUUGCAGCAACAGAGGAAGGAAUGAGUGAUGAAGAUCGAACGAAAAUAUUUAACAGUUGUUAUCCUUCCAUUAAACAGGAUGCAGUGGUACAUGAAGGGUACUGGAAAACACGUAUUCUUUUAUUGUUAAAGAGAAAAAUAAUAUGGCUCAUUCAAUUUGAAAGAUUUUUACAAGAAUGCAAUGAUUCAUGGGAUGAAUUGAUAGCAAGAAAUGAAAAAAAAUGGAUUGAAAUUCUUACAGACAAGCUAAGAAAAUAUAACAUGGAAAAAAAAAAAGGAGAUCCAAGUACGGAGGAAAAUCAAAAGGAUAAAAACAGAAAAAAGAAUAAACUCAAAAAGUUAGCAGAUAAAAUAAACAUUGAUAUAUAUAUAUAUAUAAUACAUAGGAUUCUAACAAAUCAUAUGCGUGCAAUAUACAACCCACGUUGCUUGCAAUAGGCCAAAGAGGAAGAGGCAAAUAAUUACGCUAAUGAGGAUGAACAAAAACCUUUUAGAGUUAAAAACGUUAUUCGUAUUACCUCCUAUUGUAAUUAGCGGAAAUGUGGUAAGCGGAUUAUUGCUAUUAUUAACAAAUGAACUGAUUCAUUAAAAGCGAGUCAUUUUUUUUUUUAAAAGU